AUGGAGGAGCAAUCCAACAGACCCCAUCGGAAGUCCAAGGAGAAGGGGAAGAAGAAGGAUCAUGGAAGUCCUAACCCCAAGGCGUUUGCUGUCAAUAACCCAGGGAAGCUGCAGAGGCAGGCAGCUAGGUCCCAUGAUAUAAAAGAAAAACGGCUACAUGUCCCACUCGUGGAUCGCCUGCCUGAGGACCCUCCGCCAAUUAUUGUCACAGUCGUUGGUCCGCCGGGAGUUGGGAAAACUACUCUCAUCAAGUCGUUGAUCAAACGAUACUCGAAACAUUCACUUACUUCGAUCACCGGCCCUCUGACCGUCGUUACGUCGAAAAAGCGAAGGCUUACCUUUUUAGAAUGUCCCUCCGAUUCUCUAGCGAGUAUGAUCGACGUCGCAAAGAUCGCCGAUAUUGUGUUGUUAAUGAUAGACGGAAACUAUGGAUUUGAGAUGGAAACCAUGGAAUUUCUCAAUGCUUUAUCUGCAAGUGGAAUGCCCGGAAAUGUUUUUGGUAUUCUUACGCAUCUCGACCUAUUCAAGAAACAAAGCACCCUGCGUACGGCAAAGAAGAGACUAAAACACAGGUUCUGGAGCGAGUUAUACCAGGGCGCGAAGCUCUUCUACCUUUCUGGAGUCAUUAACGGGCGCUAUCCAGAUCGAGAGAUUCAUAACCUUUCGCGAUUCUUGUCGGUCAUGAAGAACCCGCGACCACUUAUAUGGAGAAACUCACAUCCAUACUGUUUAGCGGACAGGUUCUUGGACAUAACGCCUCCCACCCUCAAGGAAGAAAAUCCAAAGUGUGAUAGGACUGUUGCUCUCUACGGAUACCUGCGAGGCACUAACUUCCCGGCUAUUGGUGCAAGGGUACAUGUUCCGGGAGUCGGGGAUCUUAGCGUUUCUUCCAUUGAAGCUCUGCCUGACCCAUGUCCCACGCCUGCUAUGGACCAGGCAAUGGCAAAAGCAGCGGGAAAGAACGGAAGAAAACGAUUAGGCGAAAAACAGAAACUUCUCUUUGCUCCCAUGGCAGAUGUUGGUGGUGUUUUGGUUGAUAAAGAUGCCGUGUACAUCGACGUCAAAACCAAUACGUUCAACAGGGACGAUGACAACGAACAGGCUGAAGAAAGGGGCCUGGGAGAGCAGAUGAUUAUUGGUUUACAGGGAGAAAGAAAACUGCUGGGAGAUACUGCCGCUGGAGUCAAACUGUUCAGGGACAGCGGUGUUGCCGCCACCAUCAACCCAGAAGAAACUGAGAAUCUCGGAAGAAACGAGAAGAGGAAAGCCCGGUUCAUUGAGGGCGAUGAUAAUGCGCAUGACCUAGAAGAGGAUGAGGACGAUGGACUAGAGAGCGCGGGGGAAGAUGAAGACGAAGAGCAAUAUGGAAGCGAUAUAGAAGAGGAAUCGGAUGACGAAGUAUCCGGCGCCGACUUUGCUGCUAAGUUCCGAGAAAAACAGAAUGGAACUUCCUGCAGUAAAAACGGGGAGGACCUUGCGUUCGCUGAUAGUGAUUCAGAUCUUGGUUCUAUAUCAUCAGUUGAAGAUCAAGAACUUGAAAGUGCCCCCAGUGACUACGAGGAUGAAGAGGACGAAGAUGGAGAAACGCGCUGGAAAGAAAAUUUGGCUGCCAAUGCAAAGACGAUGUUUAGCAAGAAACCCCCUUAUCGAGUAGCUGAGCUUACUCGUAUGCUCUACGAUGACUCGGUAAACCCGGCAGAUGUAGCCCGUCGAUGGAGUGGCGAAGAUGCUAUGGAAGAAGACCAAAGGGAUGAUGAGGAUGAAGCCGACGGCUUUUUCAAAAAGACGAAUGCCGAAAAAGGGGUUCUGGAUGACCGUAUGAUUCCCGUUUACGACUAUGACGAACUGGAGAAGAAAUGGCAGGAUCAGGAGAAUCUAGAUGCGCUGCGUCGACGUUUUGCGAGCGUCAAGUUCUCUAAAAACAGGUCUGGCAAGGAAGGAUCUGGAGAUGAUGAGGAUGAUGAAGAAGAAGGCGGAUUUGGAGACUCAGAUUCUGAUGACGAAGGAGAUGGAGCAUUUGCAGAUCUUGAAACCGGCGAAGUAUUCGGCGGCGAUAGCAAAGAUAAUGAAGAGGAAGAUGAAGAGGAAGAGAGCGAGCCCGAAGACCUUAAUGCCGAGCGUGAACGUAACGCCAGGCGAAAAGAGGAAUUGAAACUUCGUUUCGAAGAGGAGGACCGAGAAGGCUUUGCUAAUUCCAAAGACGGGGCGAGGGCUGGUGGGCAGUCUCAAAACGAAGAGCAGUUUGGCGAAGAUGAAUGGUAUGAUGCACAAAAGGCUACUCUUCAGAAGCAAGCUGACAUCAACCGUGCUGAAUUUGACGCACUUGAUGCACUGUCGAGAGCACGAGCAGAGGGCUACAAAGCUGGAACAUAUGCUAGAAUUGUACUAGAGAAUGUUCCCUGCGAGUUCUCUGAGGGUUUCAAUCCUCGAUUCCCAAUCAUUGUUGGAGGUUUGGCGCCUACUGAAGAUCGAUUUGGCUUUGUCCAGGUCCGAAUUAAGCGUCAUCGUUGGCAUAAGAAGAUCCUGAAGACGAAUGAUCCUCUUAUCUUCUCGCUGGGCUGGCGUCGAUUCCAGACAAUGCCAGUCUACAGUAUCUCAGACUCUCGAACUCGCAACAGGAUGCUGAAGUACACACCCGAGCAUAUGCACUGCUUUGGUACCUUCUACGGCCCCCUGGUUGCCCCUAACACGGGCUUCUGCUGUGUUCAGUCGUUUUCGAACAAGAACCCUGGAUUCAGGAUAGCUGCCAGCGGUGUCAUCCUAAGCGUUGACGAAAACACUGAGAUUGUCAAGAAGCUGAAGCUCACCGGCCAGCCUUACAAGAUUUUCCGAAACACGGCGUUUAUCAAGAAUAUGUUCAACUCGUCUCUUGAAAUUGCCAAGUUUGAAGGAGCCGCUAUUCGUACCGUUUCUGGUAUUCGAGGUCAGAUUAAACGUGCCCUGAGCAAACCAGAUGGCCAUUUCCGUGCCACGUUUGAGGACAAGAUCUUGAUGAGCGACAUUGUCUUCCUUCGAACCUGGUAUCCCGUCAAGCCUGCCCGUUACUACAAUCCAGUAACCAAUCUCCUUGACUACAAGGACUCUGAAACCGGCACAGGAGCUACCUGGCAAGGCAUGCGUCUUACCGGAGAAGUCCGUCGAGAUCUGGAUAUUCCUACCCCGCUGGAGAAGGACUCUGCCUACCGCAAAAUUGAACGGCAGACCAGGCACUUCAACCCCCUGAAAGUACCCCGACAGCUAGCAGCUGACCUCCCGUUCAAAUCCCAGAUCACAAAGAUGCGGCCGCGCAAGAAGGAGACGUACUUGCAGAAGCGCGCCGUUGUCCUGGGUGGGGAAGAGAAGAGAGCCCGCGACCUCAUGCAGAAGCUCACUACGCUUCGAAACGAGAAGGUUGCCAAGAGACAAGCUGCUCAGGAAGAGAGGCGGAAGGUCUACCGGGCAAAAGUCGCGGAGAACCUGGAGAAAAAGGAGGCUCGAGAGAAGAAAGAGCGAGAUGAGUUCUGGAGCCGGGAAGGCAAGAAGAGGAAGAAUGAAGCAGAGGGAGGUUCGAGCAAGUUUAAGAAGAGGAAGUGA